AGACAAUACAGAAAGCACUUGUAUGUAGGAAAAUAUGAAAUUAUGAAGAGUAAAAUGAGAAGGCGAUCGAUGAAUGAGCGAACACAAAUGCACUCAAAAAGAUAGAAUGUUUGUUCAAUCAAACUGUAUUUUUGAUAAACACGUCUCACAUGCAUGAAUAAAUAAUGUUCAGAAAUAAUAAAUCAUCAUUUAGAAUUACGUUAUCACUUGUCUGUCUACUAUACACACUUGGUUCAUCCAUCAAAUAUCUUCACCUAUUACAUCCCAUCGGACACUACAAAUACAACUAUUCACAACCAGUUGACGUGAAUGAAGCUCGUGCUCAUCAGAUUGAUAACCAGCAAAUCCGAUCUGUCAUCCUGUAUGUUACUGGAAUAUGUGUAUUGAUUUUGGGUGAUCUCUUACUGAGCUACUCUGUGUUGUAUUUAGUCGUGAGGCAUGUGUGCAAGUCAGUGGUUCGAACAAAGGAGAUGAAUGUUUGUUGCCUCACAAAUAGUUGUUCAACAACACUGGAUGAUUUUCAUGAUAAGUCGAUAUAGGUGACUCAGUGUUGAACAGGAUUCACCUGAUAGAUGUAUUGUUGUAGUGAUCUCGAUAAAUGUUUGAUUGUUAACAUUUGAACUGUGCUUUUCGAAUUUGAUUUCACUGGGUUCUUGUGCACCAUUUUGUUUUAUGUGAACAAUAAAUGCAAUGACAGCAUGCAUGUCUUCUUCCAAGAUUUUUGAAUGUGGGUUCUGUCUUUGUGAAGCAAUCAGUCUAAUGAG